AUGCACUGGCUUCUGUGCCUGAUGUCGUUGCUUCUGGUCGGCGACGUCGUGCUUCCGGCUCGUCGACGUCACACUCUGAAUAUGGCAAUGCUAGAAACACCAGUGAAAGGCCGUGAGGUCGUCGCCUAUGCUUCUGCUGAUCAGCAUCCCAGAACUUCGGAUGAUGACGACCAGACGGAAUUCGUCCGACGUGAAUGGACCGAAGCUGUGUAUAAGAAAGUCCGAACCUAUAGUUGGAUGUUCGCAUUGUUUUACCGUAUUCGAUUUUCGCCUCUUAUACCCAUGAGCCCCUCACCAGCUUCUUCUUCUCCUAUCGUAUUCCUUCGUAGUUAG